CGCUGCUGCUCUUCCCAUCCCUUUUCUCUCUCUCUCUCCCCACUAUGAAUCUUCCAUCACAAAAUUUCCCGGAGUUCUAUAUCUAAUCAGAUCGGAUUAAAUAAAUAUUCAUACAAAAUCUGUUGGACUUUAAGGAUUUAUUUAUUCCUUAAUCUUCACUAUUUUUGAAAGUUUUCAGUUUACUAUUUUAAUUGCAAAGGCUAAUUAAUUUCGGUGGAUUCCUGUUUUCCUCGUUCUUGUGGAUGCUGCGAAAAUAGAUGGGAAUUGCGAUUGUGCAUUGAAGUAAAUUGGUGAAAGAUUUAUCGUCGGAGUUGUGGUUAGGGUUUUAGGGACAAGCUUUUAGGGGUUUUCAGGCUGCUGCAAUGGAUGGAGAUGAUCGGACAUUUAGGGUUAAUUUCACAAGUGAAGGUGUUGGAAGGCUUCGCGAACGAGUCAAGGAGAAGCUCAAGGAGUUUAUGGGUGACUAUACUGAUGACACUCUCGUGGAGUAUGUGAUAGUUCUGCUAAAAAAUGGUAGGCGUAAGGAUGAAGCGAAGAGUGAGUUGAAUGUAUUUCUGGGAGAUGACAGCGACUCAUUUGUUAAUUGGCUGUGGGACCACCUGGGUUCUAAUCUAAAUUCAUAUGUGCAACAACGGGAACUUCAUCCAGAUGGAGCCCCCAAAACAAGAUCCUCGACGGGGGAGCAGGAUGGGAGAACUGAGUUCCAUCAGAUUGAAUCUGAUGCUGAGAAAGGGAAAAAUACAUCUGGAAAGCGUCGCAACAGGGAAUGGAGAGGGCUAAAAGAUGCGAAUGAAAAUGAGACCUCGCUUCAUCACAGCUUUAUGGAUGACAACGUAAAUGCCCAGGAUGAACCUCGGGAGCAGGAUGUGAGAAAUGAGUUGCAUCAGAUUGAAUCUGAUGCUGAGAAAGGGAAAAAGGCAUCUGGAAAGCGUCGCAAUCGGGAAUGGAAAGGGCUGAAGGAUGUGAAUGAAAAUGAGACCACGCUUCAUUACAGCUUUUUGGAUGACACUGUAAAUGCCCAGGAUGAACAUCAUCAGAGAGUUGGUCGUACUAAACGAUCUCUUUCUCCUCGGCCGACAAUUGAGAAGAAAAGAAGGCGACAUGGGGAGCGACAACCAAAGAAGAGGGAAGUUUCUCAAACAACUGUGAGCGCACCACGAAGACUGCUUCAAUUUGCUGUUCGAGAUGCUGUUGCUACUUCUAGGCCAUCCAAUUCAACAAUGGAGCCUUCAUCCAAGCGCCUACGCUCUGUGGUUUCUACUUCAACAGAGGAUGCUGUUCUCGAAGAACGCCCUCAGAGACGUGUGGUACCGGAAAUGCGCACUGCAAUGUCGGCGGCUAUUAGAGCUGUGGAAGAAGCGGUCAAAGAUGUGAGAAAAGUUAGAUCCUCCCGCAAUGUGUUUGAUAGGCUUGGUCAUGCUACUAAUGUUUCAAACAGUACCAAUCAUCUAGAAGAACAUAGAGGUCUUGCUGAAGACGGAGUAGUUGAAGAUUUCAGUGAUGAAAGAGUGGAUAUUGAUUUAGCUUAUCAGCGACAAAAUGGUGACAGUAUGCGGCAAGCAGAAAACUCAUCUUUUCAUGAUGACGCCAUUGUGUCUUCUGAUUUGGGAUAUGAUGGUGAAGGUUAUGAUGCUGAUAUAAUGGUUCAAAGAGCCAUGGAUAUACAUCUGCCAGGCACAUCUGGUGUAGAGUGGGUAGAGGACCCCCUAAUUCAGUAUAGGGCGACAGAUGGAGCUGAUGAAAGAAUGCGCAGACCACGUAAAGAUUUGCAUCAAGCUCCAGCUGUGCCUGGUACAUUUCUUAAAAAUACUUCAUCAGUCGGUCCAAGUGACCGAAAACCUCAAUAUCAGGAGGUGACAGAGGUACUCGAGAUGGAGAAUCACAAAAAGUUGCAAGAUAAUGAUAUGGUGGCUGCUAAAUCCCAGGUGUGGUUGAUGAAGGAGAACAGCAAUCCCAGAGUAACUUUUAACGGAAAUGCAAAAUCUGACACUGGUCCUCAACAUGAAUCUCAGAAGACUCAGACAUCAACUGGUUUGUAUCCAACUGGUCCACCUACAGAAGAUGCUGAUUCAAGGACUAUCUUUGUUAGCAAUGUUCAUUUUGCUGCCACUAAGGAUAGCCUUUCACGACACUUCAACAAGUUUGGAGAAGUCCUAAAAGUGAUAAUUUUAACUGAUCCGGCUACCGGACAACCAAAGGGGUCUGCGUAUAUAGAAUUUAUGAGAAAAGAAGCAGCCGAGCAGGCUUUAUCUUUGGAUGGCACCUCUUUUAUGUCUCGCAUUGUCAAGAUUGUAAGGAAGAGCUCUGCUCAACUUGAAGCUGCAUCUGCUGUGGCUUGGCCACGUAUUGCUCGAGCAUCGCCAUUUCCCGUUCCCAGGUUCGGCAGAAGUCCUUUUGCUAGAGGUGUCCCCAGUUCAUACAGGGCGCGCAUGCCAAUUAAGCCUGGUGCAAGAAGUUUCCAGUGGAAGCGGGAGGCUCAGCCUACUGAGGCUUUAGGUCAGGUCUCCAGCAGUAUUGUUCCACCGCCCCCUAGCCGUAGUCUCACAUAUGUUCGACCCGAACCUAAAACAGAAGCCAAGACAAAUGAAAGUUCUAGCACUCUGUAGCUUGUCAAAUUUAUUUCCAUUCAUGGGUGCAGGGCAAUUUUGAACAAGAGGGGGUUUCAUUACACCACGAUAAGCUUCACACCCACAUUAUCCAGUAUUAUUUUGUUUGGAUGGGUGCAUCAGCCAAGCUUGGAAAGCGUGAUUGAAUGAUGAUGAUGAUCUUCCUUUUACUUUAGUAGAGGUUAGAUUGGGUGGGUAAGGGGGAUGAAGGGUAACAUCCAGCAUAAUUAAUUAGCUCUCUGUAGCAUGCCCAAAAAAGAAAAUGCUACAUUGUUCGUUUUGCUUUCUUGUGAAUAUGAGACAAAAUGAGCUGUAGACGGCGUCCUUUAAGUAUUUAUGUUUGUUGCUGAUAUAAAAAUUUGAAAGGAAAAGUUAAAAAAAUGAGUGGAAGUGACAUGCUUUGCCUUGCA